UGAUCAGCUGGUCUCUGACUGCAGAUACUUCUGCAAACAAUGUAGCGAAAGUGCUGAAUGUCAGCGUUGCUGGGGGUGAAAAAAACGGUGCCGUGGCUACAUCUUGACAGUGUUUCACCAACCGGGUGUCAGCCUAUCUUCGUGACCGAUCUCUUUACCAUUAGUUUUUACUGUCAUUCCACAUUUUCCUCAUUUGUGCUUCUCUUUCACAAUUAUAUUAGUGAUGCGAAAGCGAAAUAAUUCGCUCACCGUGGAACAUGACAGCUCUACCACGAACACAUUGCUGGACACUAGUCCGAAUUUAAAGUACUCUGGGAAGAAGGGAGAAGGUGUUUCAGGGCCCGGCGGUGUCCCGUUCGAGUCAGAGUUGGACAAAACAAUGGGCAGACCAUUUAGAAGGGGGACCCCUGACUGGCUGAGUCCUUGCUGCUUGGGCCUAGUGUGUGUCAGGGACUGCUCCCUGCGUGUGGGAUACGGGCUGGCAGCAAGACUGAAGAGGAUCCUGCUGUGGGUGCUCGGGAUCUACAUCACCAUCCCCUUCAUCGUCAAGCUCUGUCCCUCCAUUCAGGCAAAACUAGUCUUUUUAAAUUUCGUGCGGCUGCCCUAUUUUAUUGACCUGAAAAGGCCUCAGGACCAGGGUCUUAACCACACCUUCAACUUCUACCUGCAGCGAGAGGAGGGCAUCAACAUAGGUGUAUGGCACACAGUCCCAGACCAGAUGUGGGAAGAGGCGCAGGGGAAGGACAGGGAGUGGUACGACAGCGCCCUCCAGUCCCCCAACCCAGUCAUGUUGUAUCUGCAUGGCAACGCGGGCACAAGAGGAGGAGACCAUAGAGUACAACUCUACAAAGUCCUUAGUUCAUUAGGCUACCAUGUAGUCACUUUUGAUUAUAGAGGUUGGGGUGACUCUGAGGGCAGCCCCUCUGAGCAGGGUAUGACAUCAGACGCUUUGGUCCUCUACCAGUGGUUGAAGGAAAGGGUCGGCCGCAAACCCCUCUACAUCUGGGGCCACUCUCUGGGAACCGGAGUGGCCACGAACCUGGUCAGGCGUCUGUGUGAUGGAGGAACGCCCCCGGAUUCCUUAAUCUUGGAAUCUCCAUUCACCAACAUCAGAGAGGAAGCCAAGAGUCACCCCUUCUCAAUGGUGUACAGAUACCUCCCGGGGUUUGAUUGGUUCUUCUUGGAUGCCAUCUCCGCUAACGACAUCCACUUUUCCAGUGAUGAGAAUGUCAACCACAUUUCCUGUCCCUUGCUCAUCCUUCAUGCCGAGGAUGACACCGUUGUGCCCUUUCAUCUGGGGAAGAAGCUCUACAACAUUGCUGCCCAGUCCAAGAGUCUGAGCGGCCACAAGGUCCAGUUCAUCCCCUUCCCCGUUUCCCUGGCUUACAAACAUAAGUUCAUCUACAGGAGCCCAGAGCUACCGCACAUACUCAGUGACUUUCUUGGCUCGUCUCAUCCACACUCAUAGCUAACAACGAUUCUGCCCGUACACCUCUUUCCUCCUACACACACGCUCAAACAUCACAUACUGACACACACACACACCCCAAUAAAUCUUAGAGGCUAGUGCAUCAUCACAUCACCGGAACUUGUACAUACAUGCAUGGACUGAGGACACACCAUUCGUGGUGUUUAGCAUUCCUGUUGACAUUGAGAAUGACCUGCAAGCAAAACCAGAGAGGAGCAACUGUCGGACGUGGCUUGUUGUCAUGGCUGCAGAGAUCAAGAGGACCGCUUGAGCACAAAGUAUAAAUAUGCACUAAUCUAAUGAGCCUUGACAUCAACAUCACUGGCGUUGAAAAUACCGUGGAUGAAGUUUUCAUCCACAAUGACUAGAAAUGAUGUACAUUCACCCAAAGGGUCAGUGAAAGAGAUGUUGAUGCCCAUCAAAUGGAUCUUUAAAACCUAUGUGUUUAACAAUAUAUAUUUUUUGUUUUAAUAUUAUGGAUUAAAUAUGUAUAUCGGAUGACAGGAUAUUUGGACAAUUAUGUGAAGCUUAAGGCUUGUUUAAAUGUCUCUUGGAACUAGCUUUAUUUAAAUAUCACAAUUUUAAAAUAAUAUACAUUUAACUUGAAUAUUUUGGGGUUUGGGGCCACUAAGUAUCAUUAUUUAUCUUCUCAGAGAAGUGUUGUCACUUUGCAUAAGAAGCUAUAUUGGUGAAAGGACUGCAGGGCUUAGUAAAUGCCUUUAUGUCAUCUGGGUCACUGAUAGUUAAAGGUAAUUUCCCCUAAAAAAAAGUUGUUAGUAAGUCGUCGUCCCCCCCCCCCCCCCCCAAGUUGUAACUCUCUCGCAGAGUGAUUGGCAAUGUCAACAUCUGAUUUAGUCAGAGUGGUUCUUCUUCAGACCUACGUCGUGGAGAAGAGGAGUGCUUAUUUCACUGUUAUGGUCUGGGUCCUUAAUGGUUUAUGUCCUCUGUGGCUGGGGGGCAGCUGUGCAGUGGAGCUGUAAUUAAUUUUGUGUGUGUGUGUGUGUGUGUGUGUGUGUGUGUGUGUGUGUGUGUGUGUGUGUGUGUGUGUGUGUGUGUGUGUGUGUGUGUGUGUGUGUGUGUGUGUGUGUGUGUGUGUGUGUGUGUGUGUGUGUGUGUGUGUGUGUGUGUGUGUGUGUGUGUGUGUGUGUGUGGCUGAGCACCACCUGCAGUAUGGCUGCCCUCUGCAGUGAAACUUCAGUGUGUUGGCUGCUGCUGAGGGGAAAUGCCCCCCUCCUGCCCCUAGAUCUAGUAUGCAGUACCAGACCAGUUUGGGGCCAGGAAAUAACCAGGCACAGAGCUUCUGACUCUGUGCCUGCACUGUUAGUCUGUUUUCAAUUCAAUCUCAAGUCCCUCAUUCAUAGUCAUUGUUUGGCAAUGCAGUAUAAUCAGGUCAAAGGAAAUCUUUGUUUUUGUCAUUGUGGAUUGGCUGUUUUUAAAAGCAAGUUUAAACAGUGUUGCUUUUAGGUUUUGGGGAUGUGCAAUGUUCAUGAUCAGCACAAAGCAGUUAGGUCAAAUAUUCCCUUAUCUUCAGACUUCCUUUUAGCUCCAUGUUUCCUUACAAAUCAAAGAGAAGGAACAGAUAAAUUGAUCACAUUAUUGACAGUGGGUCAACUCUCCCAGAAUGUUUGACUUGUAUAUUAUUGGGGUGAAUAGGCAGUGAGUGAAGUAUAUGCUCACCAAAGGAAGAUUUAUCAAUAUAUGCAUGUACAGUACAAUGGACAGUAGACUUAAACUGUUGUAGGCAUUCCCCAGUUAGAGUUGGGGGAUGUAGAGUGUUUCUGAAUUGGAUGAAAACUAUUCAAGCCACGGAACUUCUAAAUAAUAAAACACAAUCACUAUUUUGUAUGGGUUUAUGUCCUGUUCUGAAAGGAAUUUAUCAUGGGCUUAUUGUGUGCAAUUUGCACAGAGUUUAGGGGACCAGAUAUGUAUUUCAUAGUCCCUACUAGACAUGGUUUUAGCCCUACAGGUUACUGUUUCCAAAGCACGGCUCCAUCCUCGGGGCAGCUGUGGAUGUCGUCUUUAUAAACCAAGUCACACUGUCAUGUCAACUCCUCAAAGCCCCUUCAUUUGCAGAUAUUAUACUCAAAUCUCUGGUCACACAGGACCUUGACCUUGUACUCUCAUCUGACAUUCACCCGAGUUCACUCUCUAAUGUAAGUUUGAUGUCUUCUGAAACAGUUUUGCCGUGUGUAGAAGUGCAAGUUAGAUGUCACUCUCUGUCAUGUACACCAACUUCCUACUUCAAUAUACCAGAGCUAGAUGACUGGGGACAACUUUAACAAAAUGUUUAAUUUAAUGUAUUUUCAAAUCAAAAAGCUUUGUUUUCUUGAUCUUCAUAAACUAACUGUCCAUUUAUUUGGAUUAUGUCUUGUUUUCCUUUCUGAUAUUUCAAAGUUUUACACUUAAGUAACUUUUUUCCAGCUGUUGAGCUGGACUGGACAGGUCUUAUGUUUUUAAAUAUAAGAAUAAACAAUGGAAUGAUUGAA